AGAUAGUUUCUGUUAAAAUAUUUCUGAAAUAAAUUUCAUUUUCAUAUUCAUAUUUUUUAAUUUAAACUUGACAGAAGUUAUGUUGAGAACACAAGUUUUUCGAACACAAGUUUGUCUUCCAUUCAAAUUUAUCUUAACAUUUCUGUUAAUGAUUAUCUCUUGUAGUGAUACCAACUAAUCAAAUUUAUAAAAUGCCAUCUAUUACUAAAUAUUUAAUUUUGAAUACGGUCGCACUGAUUGAAAUCCAAUCAAAAGACCUAUCGUAUAUCGAUGCCACAAAAAGCCAACUCAGCUGAAAGAGCCCAUUUUUAUACACAAAAAAUAAGUUGCUGCAGCGAAAUAAGUUAAUUUCCCCUGUCCACUGAGCCCCAAGACAAUGCAAAAUGCGGCUGGCCAACGAGAAAGCGAAAAUGCACCCCCAGCUGAGUGACUUGGCCGUGUUUGUGGGCAUGGCGAUCUGCUGUCUUCCAACUUUGACGUGGGCCGCGACUCUCUCCGACAAGCGACUGUGCGCCGAUCCAAAAUGUGAACAAAUCAUCUCGACGGGCAUUGCCAAAAUCAGCUAUGCCUCCGGAGGCGAAGGUCUGUUAUCCUUUAAGAUUAAUUCCCCUAUUCGCGUUCUAUCCAAGAGUGCCGGCAGUAACAAACAGUUAUGGGGUGUCGAUAUCAACGGGCGUCGAGGAUAUGCCAACAAGGACUUCAUUAUGGAGAAGAAGAUCAUUGUGAAGGACAAGGACCUUGCGUUCGAAGUGCCCGUGCUGGGACCUGGCAGUCCAGUUCAAACCGUGGAAACUCCACUGCAGCCCAUUCUCAACGCUUCUGAGUCAACCGAUGACUUGGCAACGACCACAACAUCGCCACUUGAAGUUAAUGUGCAUUCAAUAGUGGUGGAGCAGGACAAGCUAAAGGAUCAGGAAGUUCCUGAUCCGACAGCGUCUACCAAAGCCCAGAUGCAGCUGGUGGAAGGCACUCAGUUGCCCUUGGAGGCUAUUCCAGCCGUUACCGAAAAUUCCAUUGUUUCAGAGAAGACAGAAGAGCCCCUGGAAGAACUGAAACCUGAAUUCGCCUCGACAGUUGUUGACACGAAUGAGCCGAUGGCGUCAAUUUCUGAGUCCAGUAAACUGAACGAAAGUGUUACUGAACAGCUAUCUUCCACCGAUGGUGAGAAGCCAACUAUACUGCCGCAGGCCAUUAACACUGAACUCGAAGACUCUGAGGAUUUCGAUUAUGGGGAUGAUGAGGCAGACGAAGACGAGCACGACGACGAUGACGACUCCAACGAACCUAGUAAAGAUAACGAACCGAUCACAGAGAAAGCGAACGAUAAGAAAUCAAUUAACGAAUCGAUUGAAUUAAAACCGCCUUUUGUUGAACAAACUAAUACAACUGAUAAAUUGGAGACCGCAAAGGAAGAGUCCAUAACAAAUCCGGUAGAAAAUGACGUACCAAAGCAGGAAGACGAUAAACCCUUAGUUCCAGCCACUCUUGACAGCCCUGUAGUCACUAAACCUCUUUUUGAGUCGGAAACAGAUAAACAGACGGAAGUUAAGGAAGCUCCCAAGGAGGAGUUGGAUGCUGUUGUGAAAACAAAACCUAUAGAUCCUUUGCCAGUCGAGAAUGUUACUGAAAAGUUGGCUGAAUUACCGCAAGUGGCUGUUAAAGAUGAAAUUGAAGAAGAAGUUGCGACCCCUUCUGCCGUAGCUGCGACUAAAGAAGAUAACACUGCUGACCCUGUUAUUGCUCAAUCGGAAAAGCAAACACAAUCACAAACUGAGUCAUUGACCAGCUCAACUGCUCCUGCCGUUGAAGAGAUUCCACUGAAAGCGGAACCUAUUGGCCUACCGCCACUCUUUGAAAAGAAAAACUUUGAGAAUCCCAAUGAUUACUAUAAGCAAUUACAGGAGCAGCAGCAAAAGCAGAGAAUAAUUGAAGAGGCGGAGCAGAAGAAAAGGUUGCAAGAAGAAGCGGAGCAGGAGAAUAGGUUACAAGAGGAGGCAGACAAGGAAAUAAAGUUACAUGAGGAAGCGGAGCAACUGAAGCGAUUAGCUGAGGAGGCAGAGCAGAAUCUACGGGUUCAGGAAGCAGAUCUACAGCAGUUUAAUGAUUCUUUGGAUACACAUUCUAAUGAAGUACUUGAACGAGCUUAUCAGUACCCAUCAAGUGUAGAGCAAACUACUCCAACCCCUGACGCUGAAUCUCCUUACGGCGCAGUUCACGAUGAGACCACACAAGCAUCCUCAGCCGAAGUUGACCGUGCGGGAGUCGGUUCUGUAGAACCUGUAGCUCUUCCCGCGACAGCUAGUCCCGUUUCGGAUGUUCCUGUCAAGGAGGAUGGCGUUGGUUUAGGUCUCUUUGCCACGAUUGUCGACACCGUGAAUAAUUUUAUCGGAAAGGAGCCACAGAGCGCACCGCCAGAUAGCAGCGAUGAACUUCAAAGAAUUCUUUAUCCGGGCAGGCCUGAGCUGGCACCUCUUCAAAAGAAAGCAGAAGGAUCUGUUCCAGUAGAUGUAGAUGGAUACUGUGCUCGUUUCCAAGCUCGAGAUGAGCACUGUCAUAGCACUAUAUCCUUAGAUAAUUUUGCGGAAGUAAUGGCGGGCAAAUUGGUGGAUCACAGUCAACUUUUAUUGUGCGUGGUCAUUGCGGCCGCAUCCUCUUUGUUUUUUGUGUUCGCCUACUACUGUUUCUGCAACAGCAGCCAGGAGGGUGCACUACUUUCCAAGCUGAACCACUUGGAGCGCAGUUUGUUGGCCUCUCAUAAGGAGAACCUGAUCAUCAAGCACGACCUGAUGACUACACGAACGAAAUUGGCCAGCAUUGAGGACAACUCCUUCGGCUCAAAUGAUAUGGUUGCUGACCUAAAGAAGCAGCUGGAAUCGGAGCUUUACGAGAAGGCCAAGCUGCAGGAGCAAGUUAGCUCACUGGAAAGGGAUUUGGACAAUGCGGCUGAGGCUGGCCUGGAACUGAAUAAAAUGCUGUCAGAGGUGCUGAGCAGCCAGAAUGGAGAUGAGGCCUUCAUGAGCACCGUGGACGAGCUGCAGCGUCAGCUAAACGAACAAGAAAAAAUCAUUUUCGAGAUCAACUCGAGUCUGGCGGAGAAGAGUCGCGAGAACAGCGAACUGCAAUAUACUUUCACGGAGGCCACUGCGCGCCUUACCAGCGAUUUGAAAGCUCUACAAGAAGACAACUACGAGUUGGAAAUCGAGAAGUCUAAACUGCAAACAUGUCUUGAGGAAAAUAAGGCCAAAACGGAAUUAGAGCUAGCCAAGGCAUUGGAGUCACGCAACUACGAAAUGCAGAGGCUUCAAAACCAAAUUCUUGAGCUGACCACUAAAUGGGAACGGGAGCACGGCGAAUUGCAGACUAGUCUAGCAAAAAUCGAGGCGCUUGAAGAUUGCCUUAAGGCAGUCAAGAAGGACGCCAACCUAAAUAUACAAGAGCUGAUCACCUCAGCCAAAACCCGUGGCGAACUAAACGCGGCUCAUAAAAAGUUCGUCGACCUGCAGGCGAAGGUGGAGCAGGAAGUUGCACACAAGCAGCGUUUGGAGACCCAGUUGCAGCAGUCGAGUUCAGACGUGGAGCAGCUGAAGCAGGACUUCAACCAAGCAGAGCGCGACAAACUGGAAGCCCAGACACGACUAGAAGUCUUGUCUGGUUACUUCCGCGAGAAGGAGAACGAACUUAAAAAAGAACUAAGUCUACAGGAGACCAAAUGGCUCCAACACCAGGGGGAGAACGCAAGCACUGUGGAGACCCAGACGCUGAUGAAAAACGAAAUCCAAACUCUGAAAUCUCAGAAUGAUGAGCUGCGUGCCGAGAUCGAGGCCCAGAUAGCCUCACACAAGGCCCAGAUGGGCACGCUGGAGAACCGCGCUCAUGAGUCGUGGCUGGCGGCCCGGCAGUCGGAGCGCCGAUGCGAAGAGGCGCUUGCAGAGGCCGCCGGUCUGAGGCGCAAGCUAACCACCAUGGGCAGCGGUGUAGGCGUAGCCGGAGAUCCAGGGGUCAUGGAAGCUAUUGCCGCCAACGGAGCACCUGUGCUAGGGGCGGAACUGAAGACAGCCCCAUCGCCUCUUCCCUUGCCGGGAUCGCCACUGUUGAACAUGCCAAAUCCACUGCCAUUCCUGGCGGCACCCUUCUCUCCGUUCAUGGGUCUGCCGCCACCAUUCCUGCCGCCGACUGGAGCGGGAGGUGCACGCCCUCCGCCCCUGGGACGCAUGCGCUCUCCGCCGCCUUCCAGCCGCGGCGAUAGGGAUCGGUACUCGGACUACAGCGAUUAUGAUGACUAUGACGACGAUGAAGAAGACGAGCGCGGCAUGGACCGCCGUCGAAGGCAUAGCGGCAGCUGGGGCCGACACCAUCGCGACUCCUACAACCACUCGCCGCGCACAUAUCGCUCGCUUUCUCCGUCGGACAGCCGUUACAACUACAACGAUACGGAGACGGACUUCAGCCCGCCCCCAAGUCCGCCGCCAGUUUCUUCAGGGCGCAGCGCGACAUCGCGACCCUACAGCGAGGUGUAAGGAAAAGGGUGUACCCUUUGUAACCAAGUCCUACCAAGUAUAUUAGACUCAAAACUAGUUCAAAUAUAUUUAUUAAUCAAUGAUUAUCGAUCGGUUGGGUCGGGGCCUCAAACCGAUUCCACAAAUAGGGAUCUCAGGAGAAUCUAUUAACAUCAACAACUGAAAAAAACACUCCUGACUGAAUGGUGAAUGAUAUCCAAGAAAAUUCAAACAAAUUAAACACAAUGACAAAAACCAA